AUGACAUAUAAUGAAGAUAUACCACCAAAUUGCGAUGAGUCAUUUUUAAAUUUAAUUAGUGCUCAACCUGAACUCAAGGAAUUGGAACUGAAAUAUUUCAGCACUUCUAGAUUUAUGCCUUUAUUGCGGCAAAAAAUGCUUCAAACAAAAUCUCAAAGUCUUCAAAAACUAAUUUUACAAGGAAUCAAAUUUAAUAAAAAUAAUCUCGCAAUUCAUAUGCCAAAUUUGAAUUAUUUAUUUAUAAAACAAUCUUUUGGAAAUCCUUUUGGAGAAGACAAAAAUAAUUUACCAAAUCUUCAAAGGCUCGAAUUAAUUGAUAAUGAUGUAGAAUUAAAUAGAACUAUACUAAAGUCAAAAUGCACAUCAUUAAAAUUUUUAAAAAUAAUUGAGAAAGAAUUAAGCAAUGAAGUAAAAGAAGAAAUUUUUCACAAGCUUUGUCAACUACAAUUAGGAGGGUUUUCUUAUUAUGAUCUACCUUAUAGUAGUCAAGAUUAUCUACAAGCUUUAGGUAGUUAUUUGCCUAGCUUAUUAACAAUUCUUAACUUACUUAAUAUUUAUGAUUAUAGUCAUAGAGACUUGAAUUAUUUUUUACAAGAUUUUGAUAUAGAAAGAGUGAAGCUGGAAUUUUUUAUAUUACCUUUUAAUGUUGAGCUCAACCUUCUUCCAAAUUUAAGAUACUUUAUUAAAAAAGCCAAAUAUUUAAGGUAUAUAGAAAUAGUGCAAUCAGAAAAUUACAACAUUGAAAAACAGAAAAAAAGUGAGAUGGAAAUUAUUGACCUCUGUCAAGCUCGAAAUAUUAAAUGUAUUUUAAAAUCUCAGUUGUGUGUGGAUAAAGUUAUUUCUAACACAAGUAAAUCUCAUAAAAAGUUAAGAAUGUAA